AUGCGUGUCUCUACGCUCAGCCUCCUGGCGGCCGCCCACGUCGCCACGGCCCGGUUCAUGAACAUGAACAUGACCACCACUGCCACGACCUCCGCGACCACCACGGCCGCUGCUUCGGCCACCUCCACCCCUGGAUCCGGCGACGUCAACAUUAACAUUGAUACGGUCAUCAACUGCUACGGCGACUACUGCAUCAACAUUGACAACAGCCAGCAGACCUGCGUCGGUGAUGGCUGCCAAAACUACCACGUCGUCUGCCAGGGCGACGACUGCAAGGCCCAGGUCUGCGUCGACAACGUCAACUGCGACCAGCUCGUCGUCUGCCAGGGCUCCGAGUGCAACUUCCGCGCCUGCAAGGGUGACCAGUGCAACCAGAAAAUUGAGUGCCGCGGCUCCAUCUGCAACAUCAUCAAUGAGCCCCGCAAGAUCGUCUGCAAGGACGACUCGUGCAAGCCCGAGAUGUGCACCGAGGACUGUGGCCGCAAGGUCAUCUGCUCCGGCGACGACUGCAAGACCAAGAAGCCAUGCGACUGCCCCGUCCCCAAGCCCCCUCCUGUCAAGCCUACCGUCAAGCCUACCACCGUCAAGCCUACCACCGUCAAGCCUACCACCGUCAAGCCUACCACCGUCAAGCCUACCACCGUCAAGCCUACCGUCAAGCCUACCACCGUCAAGCCCGUCGAGCAGCCUACUGCCCAGCCCCCAGCCAAGGAGACCACUGUUCCUGCCGGCCAGCCUGCUAUUCCUAGCAAGCCCGCGGCCCCGGCUGUCCCAGAGCAGCCCGCGGCUCCUCCCGCGGCUCCUGCUGCCCCUGAGCAGCCCGCGGCUCCUGCUGCCCCUGAGCAGCCCGCGGCUCCUGCUGCCCCUGAGCAGCCCGCUGCUCCUGCUGCCCCUGGCCAGUCUCAGGCUCCUCCUGCUGCUGGCGAAACUGAGGCUCCCGCUGCUACCGGCCAGCCCACCACACCCUCGCAGCCUCCUGUCGCCGCUGGUGCCAAGUCGGCUCCCGCUCUCGCCCUGCUCUGCGCCGUUGGUGUUGCCAUGUUCCUGUAA